GGAAGGACGUUUUGGCGGGCUAGUCUCUGCGUGGGUGUUUCUCCCGCGCCUCUGCGGAUCGGCGGUGGCUGCCCAGCGCUAGAAGGGGCCGCUCGGCUCGCAUCAUCAUCGGUCACACAAAAAAGGAGGGAGGCUGAAAAGGGGGGAGUGGUAACCCAGUUCUCUAAUGGAAAUUUCUGGCUGCAGUCUCCGCAGCUGGCCAAUGUGGUGUGCUGGAAAGAGUACAGGGGCUGGUGCGAGAGCCAUGGAUUCAAUAAAAGAGGAUGUUGUCAAGGUGAACGUUGGCACUACAAUGUCUUCUUCCACCAGCAGAGACCCUUCUUCUUCUACCACGAUAACUUCUGGCCCCGAAAGAGAGCCGAGCCCCGUCUUCGGCAGCUCAUCUUACUCCUCGUGGGAGGUGGAAAGGGAAGAUUACUCCAAGGAGCUCACCUGCAUUCUGUGUCUGGAAUUCUUCCGAGAGCCCAUGAUCCUGCCCUGCGGCCACAACUACUGCAAACUGUGCAUUGAGAACAUAUGGCUAAAAAGGGGGGGCUUCGUCUGCCCAGAAUGCCAGACGAGGUUUUCAGAGAAAAAGUACAUCGAGAACACUGUGCUGCAGAAGAUGGUGGAGAAGAAGCUCAAGGGCUAUCAUCUGGCGAGCGUCCAGCCGAAAUGCUUGGAGCACAAUGAACCAGUGACGCUUUACUGGAAGACGGAGAAGAAACUUGCCUGCUUCAGCUGCAGAGAAGCUCAGAAGCCCCACGACCAAAGCACCCAGUUCCUCCUCAUCCCAGACGCUGUGCAGAUCUAUACGGAAAAACUGAUCUCCAAGAGAAUUCAGCUGAGGUCCAUCUUAGUGGAUCUAGAGAUGUUGAAGAACACUCAAGAGGAAAAGAUUUCUAACCAUAAAGAGAACAAGUUGCAAGUUCAAUACCACAUCUCGUUGGAAUUCCUAAAACUGCAUCAGUUUCUUCACGGCAAGGAGAAAAUACUAAUCAAACAGUUAAAGGAAGAGAGUGAAAUCCUCCUCCAGGAAAUGCAGACAAAUCUAAACCAACUUGAAGACCGCUCUCAGAAUGCUAAGCAUACGCUGGGGCACAUUCAGUCCCGGCUCUACCAGCAGAAUUCUGCUAACUUCUUAAAAGAAAUAGAGGUCUUCAUGGAUUGGGUGGAAAAGAAAGCAGAACUGUUCUCUCUGAGCGAGCUGGUCUUGAGAACUCUGAACGAAGGACAGUUCAAAGGGCCAAUGCAAUACAUGGCGUGGAAGGAAAUGAAAUCCAUUCUUAACCCAGAUAUUUCCUUCUUGACUCUCGACCCUGCAACAGCACACCCGAAUCUGGUUCUUUCUGGAGACCUGACCUGCGUAAGACAUGACGAUUCAAAGCAGUUUCUGCCAGACACACCAGAGAGGUUUGACUGCAGCGUUUCUGUACUGGGGUCCGAAGGGUUUGCUUCAGGGAAGCACUACUGGGAAGUGAAGGUGGAGAAGAAGACCAAGUGGACUCUGGGAGUCGUCAAAGAGAGCAUUAACCGUAAAGGCAACUAUCCCCUGUCACCUAAAGCUGGCCACUGGCUUAUCAAGCUAAGAAACCAGAGCCAGUUAAGGGCUGUGGAUGUGCCUCCCCUCCUCCUCACCCGGUUCGGCAAGUUUAGUCGAAUUGGGGUGUACCUGGAUUAUGAGGGCGGUCAGGUGUCCUUUUACGAUGCGGAGAAUCUGACUCACAUCUACACUUUCAUGGACACUUUUGCGGAGAAGCUUUACCCUUACUUCUGUCCGUGUCUGAACGACUCUGGGGAAAACGGAGAGCCACUGAAAAUUGUGACUUUUAGCAUGUAGGUGGGCAGUGAUCAAGCUUAUAUUUAAAAAAAAUACAUAUAUUACUUUCUUUAUUAAAUUUUAAAAUGUUGAGUAUUACAAAAUAACAGUACUGUAUAUACAGCCUGCCAUAUUAAAAGUCGCAUUUAUAGCAAAUAUAAGAAAUGCUAUGAAUAACAGCAACUAAGGUGGAUUUUUUUUUCCAAAUGACGUGUUUGUGGCUGAGAACUCCUAGUGGCUAUAGUUAUGGUAAAAUUUAAGUUAAAAUAUAACCAGAGAAAUGGAAAGCAAUGUUGUGAGAGGGACCGUAAUUUCAGUCUUUAAAACGCAUUAAAUUGGUUCUGGCAUAACAAAACGGACAUCAUGGGUCCAUCUGUGUUGAAAGUUUCUUUGAUGACAUUUAUAAAUUCAAAUGUUCUACUAAUUGGGCUAUCUGGAUUUGACCACCUAGGACACUGAAAAUGCCUCACUUCUAAAACACAGUCAUCCUAAGUAGCUUCUAAAACAAAGUCUUCGAUUAUAAACUUUCCUUCAUUGGAUAAGCCCUUGUGUUCUUCCAAAAAUCAGAGUGACUUUAUAAACCUUAUAAUUGAUAGGGUCCUCUUUGGCCAGUAGAUUCAACUUCAGUCAUAUUCCAAGUAUCUGGAAGCAGUACAAUGAUAUGAACAUUGUGGUCCCAUAUCAUUCUCCCAAAAUCUUUGAUGCUAUGUAGGAGAGGAUGCUGAGUAAUGUAUUUAUUGUUUUGAUAAUAACCAGUAUAACAUUAGCAACUUGUAUUUUUCCUUGAUGCUAACCAGAAGGAUAGUUUAUAUUUUACCUCAUGGGGGGAAAGAAAAACAGUCCAGUCCAAUGAAUUACUUGGUAUCAGGGACACUGUUGGUUCUUCUUUGUGAAGAGCUGAAUCGUUGCUGUAUUUAGCUAGUGUCAAUCAUUGUUCUGCUGCUUCUGUUUUUUGUUGGGAAAGAAAGAAAGUUCGAGCUAUUGUACUGUUGACCAUUCUCUUAUUGGGUUCUCUGUUGAGCUUACCUGUUCGAUGUGUUGGAGCAAAUUUUGAUUUUAUCGUCCCUUUUUCAGUUUUAUGAGGUGGCUCAUGGAGUAGUCUUGACUAAUUAUUAAGAAUCUUAUUAGGGGAAACUGCUUCUAAGCUACCACUAGUAAAUAGCCUGUCGUCUGUGUUUUGUAUUCAUGGGAGGAUAUCUGGUGACUGUUUAUCCAAACCGUGAGAGAAAUUUAUGGAUUUUUAAUAACAUUUGCUGAAUGUUUGGCUGGAAGAAACUGAGAAGCAGUCUCACCCCUGACCAUGACUUCGCCAGCUUUUCAACGAUAAGAUCUUAUCAGAUGAAACUGUUCUCAAAAGCUGGCUGAUUGAAUAUUUGAUAUUAUGCCUGUUUUGCCAGCGUCGAUAGUUUAGGUCAUUUUCUGAGACAUAUAUUGCUAUCUGGUUGUUUUGCAGAUGAUAUGUCAUUUCAUAAGCAGAUUUCUGCUCAGGUUUCCUCUCAUAGGCUUAGUAGACUGCAGCAUCUUCUCUGAAUCAUCAGAUGUGUUAUUCUGUAAGGCUUCUGAAGGUGCAGAACUUAGAGCCUCCUACAUGGGAGCUUUGGGACUUUAACUGAGCUGUUCUAGUUGUGCCAAAAUGUGGUUCAGUUGUUGAAAGAUCUCAUUUACUGUUUUGUGAGGUCAGUGAACAGUACUCUCUACCAAAUUUCAGUAAAUAGUUUUUGAAAUGUUCUAA